UUGCGCAUGUGUGACCCUAUACUCGUUUUUAUUAGCAAUGCAUCUGUGCUUUUAUCUAUGCAUGAUGUUGCGCGCAUAAGCAUAUAUAUGUGCAAACAGGGGCGGACUGACAACUCAUGGGGCCCCCGGGCAAUUGGGGAUCAUGGGGCCCCUGUGCCCUUGCCCAAAAUCAAAAAAGCCUAUCAAAAAGGUACCAGGGGCAUCUCAUGGGGCCCCCUACUGACCGAGUUUCCAAAUGGUCAGUCCACCGCUGUGCACAGAUGAUGUCAGCACCCCUUUUUGUA